AUGGACGGCGACUGGGACGAGGUUGCCCGCAUUCCUUUUCCGCCCCCAGGCGUUCACGCCAUGCCGACGCCGGUAACUACAAUGACCUUUGAUACAUCCCACGAGCUUCUCUGGACCGGAAACGACUACGGUCGCGUUACGUCCUUUCUCGGUUCGGAUCUGCAACGAUAUACCUCUUUCAAGCCACAUCUGACACCCGAUGGGCCGGUACGGCAGAUUUUGGUCAGCGAGAAAGGCGUAAUCGUGCUGGGAUCUAAAGAUGUCCAUAUGGCGCAGAGAAGGGGACCGCCCAUCUGGCACAUGAGACACGACGACAUGAAGGAUUUACGAUGCAUGAGCUUUACUUCGAAAGGAACGGCAGAAGUGGUUGUUGCUGGGUUGCAAGAUACAAUGCUGGUGAUUGACCUCAAUAAGGGAGAGGUUGUCAAGCAGAUCGCGACAGAUCACCAAUACUCCAUCAUGAAACGUGCGCGAUACAUAUGCGCCGCCACAAAAGGCGGCACCGUCAACCUCCUGGAUCCGGUGUCGUUUGCGGUUGUCAGGUCCUGGAAUGCUCACUCGGCGCUCAUCAGUGACAUGGAUGCCCAGCAUGACUUUAUCGUUACCUGCGGGUAUUCCCUGCGACAAGGCCAGAACUACAUGCUGGAUCCGUUCUUAAACGUUUUUGACAUCAAAAAGAUGUCGUCCAUGCCGCCGAUCCCCUUCCCUGCCGGGGCUGCCUAUGUUCGCAUGCAUCCGAGAAUGCUCACUACGAGCAUUGUGGUUUCGCAGUCCGGCCAGAUGCACUUGGUAGACCUCAUGAAUCCCAAUACAAGCAACGUCCGGCAGGCCAACGUCAUCACAUACAUCAGCAUGUUUGAGAUUGCACCCUCUGGAGAAGCCAUAGCAUUGACUGAUGCUGAGUGCUAUAUCCAUCUCUGGGGAUCACCGUCCAAGCUGCGCUUUGUGGACCUGGCUACGCCCAUAGACUUUGCCACCCCAGAGGAACACGCCGCCCAAAUCGAGUGGACCUCUGAAACGCCGUUGAAUUCGGUAGGAUUACCCUACUAUCGAGAGACCCUGGCAUCUGCUUGGCCGGAUUUGAUAUCAGACAUUGGGGCUCCGCCCACAAAAUUUGACCCUCAAUUUCUGGAAGGACUCAAGCCGACAGAAUUCGGACUCUACGGACGGAACUCACGCGGCUUCCGGAGAAAUCAGGUGGAAGACACUCGCCAUAGUCAUAGAAUUGCAGUCUCGGGACUAAAAGCGCCCAAGUUCUUGAGCGAAAAGGCACGGGAAUCCGCCAAGUCAGAGUCUCAUGGCCUAGGCGAAGGGCCCAACGUGUCCAACGCCGUGGCUGAUAAUGAAACUGACAGCAAAAAAUCAGACGUGCCCGUCAUGUACCGGAACGUCGAAAUCAAGUACAGCAAAUUCGGCGUCGACGACUUUGACUUUGGGUUCUACAACAAAACGCAAUACUCGGGCUUGGAAACUCACAUCUCCAACUCCUAUGCAAACUCACUACUUCAGAUUAUGCACUUCACCCCUCUCAUUCGAAAUCUAGCGCUGCAGCAUGCCGCCACGGCCUGCGUCAAUGAAGUCUGUCUGUUAUGCGAGCUCGGCUUCCUCUUUGAUAUGUUGCAAAAGGCCGACGGUUCAAUCUGUCAGGCGACCAAUAUGCUCAAGACACUGAGCAGCCACCCUCAAGCUGGACCAUUGGGCCUCCUGGAGGAAGACCCCCACGGGACCUCGUUGACCGUCAUGCUGCAAGGUCUUACCCGGUUCCUCUUGGACAAGUUUGUAACGGAUUUCAAGAGCAUGUCGCCCGCUACAUCUGCCAUGGAACAGGUCCUUGCCACGUCAGCUACCAGCUCAAUCAGAUGCAUGAACUGCAGGAGCGAAUACACAAGACCAGGUUCCACCUUUGUCAACGAUUUACUUUAUCCUGCAUUUAAACCCUCUGGUCGCACUGCAAAACUGCCCAGGGUGACCUUUUCUCAAGUUCUCAAGAGCAGCGUUGAAAGAGAGACUACGUCUAAGGGAUGGUGUAGCCGAUGCCAACGCUACCAGACCAUUGCUACUCGGAAGACUGUUCACAGCAUACCGGGGGUCCUCAUGCUAAACACCGCCAUCACUACCCAUGAUCAUCGUGCGCUGUGGUCGACUCCCGGAUGGCUUCCGCAGGAAAUCGGCAUCAUUGUAGAGCAAGGACAGUUCUUUUGCUACGAAGGCGAAGAUCUGAAGCUUCAUCUGCAACGAGGAAUACACAGCAUCACAGUUUACUCGUUGAUAGGAUUGGCAAUCAAUAUCGAGAGUGGCCAAACUCAGAAACCCCAUCUAGUGGCCAUGGUCAACGUUGCACAUGCUGAGCCUGAAGCUCCUGGGCAAAGCCAAUGGUAUCUGUUCAACGACUUUUUGGUACGAUCCGUCAGCUCGGAGGAAGCAACCACGUUCAACGCUUCUUGGAAGACUCCCUCGGUCGUGACGUUUCAGGUGAAGCAAGCCAAUAACAAGAUCGAUGCGACAUGGAAAGAGCAGCUGGAUACGUCUAUUCUCUAUCAUGACUUGUACCCAAAUCCACACAACGGCCGGAAGACGUACCGCGUCCUGGACCCAGAGACUGAACGUCCCGGGCCCGACACCAUCAUAGCCCUGGACACGGAGUUUGUGGCUAUCCGACAGCCCGAGAUCGAGAUGAACUCGGAUGGCGAGCGAGAGACGAUCCGGCCCAUUGUGUACGCCCUGGCACGCACGUCUGUUGUCCGAGGCCAAGGCGAAAACGAAGGUCUGCCCUUUAUAGACGACUACAUUGCCAUUCAGGAACCCAUUGUGGACUACCUGACCUCGUACUCGGGCAUACGGCAGGAAGAUCUCGAUCCCCGCAUGUCCAAGCACAGCUUACUGCCGCUCAAGCUGGCAUACAAGAAGCUGUGGGUCCUGCUCAACCUGGGCUGCAAGUUCCUCGGCCACGGCCUCAAGCAGGAUUUCCGCGUCAUCAACAUACACGUGCCCAAGGCCCAGACCAUCGACACCAUCGACCUAUUCUUCCUCAAGUCCCGGCUGCGGAAGCUCUCGCUGGCCUUUUUGGCGUGGUACCUGCUCAAGGAGGACAUACAGAUGGAAACGCACGACUCGAUCGAGGAUUCGCGCACGGCUCUCAAGCUGUACCGCAAGUAUCUCGAGUUCGAGGACGCCGGGGUGCUGGAGGCCAUGCUGCAGGACAUUUACCGGGCCGGCCGGGAGGUCAACUUCAAGCCGCCCCGGAAAGAUGACGGUGGCGUUCAAAGGAUGGACACGCCGCCGCUGCCGGCGGUGGAUGGCCCGACUGCCGGUCCGUCCACGCCGGUGAGGAGGAUCAUCGGCGCGGCUCCGGGCAGCGGCUUCGGCGGGGGCUCUAGUUGGACGCCAGGAAAGGGGUCGCCGUUGCGGUAG